AUGGCGCCGGCUGCUCCACACCAUGCUGAUAAUAAUAAUCAGGAUUCAGCUGCGAAAAAAGUGAAGUUGGAGCAAAAUGUUGGAAAACCGUCCCGAGUUAUACAUAUACGGAACAUACCAAAUGAAACGACAGAAGCUGAGAUCAUUCAAUUGGGGCUGCCUUUUGGCCGAGUGACUAACGUAUUGGUGCUCAAAGGAAAGAAUCAGGCAUUCUUAGAGAUGGCUGAAGAGAUAUCAGCUGUGGCUAUGGUCGCUUACUUUGGAGGCUGCGUCGCACAACUGAGGGGACGUGCUGUCUAUGUACAGUUUUCAAAUCACAAAGAGCUCAAAACCGACCAGACACAUAGCAAUGCGUCGGCUUCAGCGCAGGCAGCUCUUCAAGCAGCGCAGGCCAUUUCAAACACCGCCGGUGCUGCGUUAGUCGCAGGCGCAGGCACGGCUCUUCAGCCUGUGAAUGGCGGCACUGAAAUACAGGGAGGGCCCAACACCGUGUUAAGAGUGAUCAUAGAACACAUGCUGUACCCAAUUGUGUUGGACGUGCUGUACUCCAUCUUCCAGCGAUAUGGAAAAGUGCUCAAAAUCGUUACAUUCACGAAAAAUAAUUCAUUUCAAGCCUUAAUCCAGUAUCCGGACACGGGCUCCGCUCAAAUGGCGAAAACGCAAACAAUACAGUGUUACAGCACUCACGCCACAAUAGUCCGCGGUCGAAUGGGACAUCAUUUUUCUCCACAACUUUUCCCAUUCGGUAUUCAUUUGCGUUAG